AUGGCUGGUCAACAAUCAAAUGAUAAACGUCACGAUGCAUCUGCUGCUCGUCCUUCUCCAUCGGGUGGUGCAAGUGGUGACAAUCAAGCGCGAAAACGUUUAUUUUCCAAAGAACUUCGCAAUAUGAUGUACGGUUUUGGUGAUGAUCCGCAACCUUACGCUGAAUCAGUCGAACUACUCGAAGAUCUCGUUAUCCAAUAUAUUACAGAUAUGACAUUAAAAGCAUCAGAAAUUGGUAGUAACAAACAAGGUCGUAUGGUCGUGAAUGACAUCUUAUAUUUACUUCGGCAUGAUCCAAGAAAAUAUGCACGUGUGAAAGAACUUUUAUCGAUGAAUGAAGAAUUGAAACGUGCUCGCAAAGCUUUUGAUGAACCAUCAAAAGGUCUUGAAUAA